AUGUUGCUGUUUCCUGGUCAGCCGCCGUCACAGUCUGGCCGUUACUCCGUCUCCAUGAGUGGGGAUCUGACUAUAACUGACGUCCACCCCGAGGACUCGGGCUUUUAUAUUUGCCAGGCCAUCAGUGUAGCAGGAAGUGUGUUGACGAAGGCGCUGCUGGAGGUGGAGGGAGGUCCCUCAGGUCGUGUCCCGCCGAUCAUUCGCCAAGGCCCAGCCAAUCAGACCGUAUCUCGGGGUGCAGUGGCCCAACUGCACUGCCGUGUAAUCGGAGGGCCCUCAGUCAAGAUUUCAUGGGAGAAGGAUGGAGAAAGACUUCAGGCAAAUAAACCUCGACUAACCUUGAUGGAGAAUGGCACUUUGCAAAUCACCAACGUAAAGGACACAGACACGGGGAUGUACACGUGCAUGGUAUCCAGCGCCACAGGGGAGUCGAGCUGGAGUGGGAUGCUGACCGUCAAAGAGGAUGGAGCUGCUCCCGUAUCCAGAGUUUCUGAGUUCAUCCAGCUUCCGGGGCCUCCCCAGAAGCCAGUGGUGACGGAGGUGACCAAAAACACUGUCACCCUCACCUGGCAGUCCAAUCCUCAUGAAGGCGGUGCUGCGGUCACCUCCUACAUCAUUGAAGCUUUCAGCCAGUCGGUGGGCAGCACCUGGCAAACUGUAACAGACCACGUGAAGCAGGAAAGGCACACAGUUGUGGGACUCUUCCCCAACACUGUUUAUCUCUUUAUUGUCAGAGCAGUCAACUCCUAUGGCCUCAGUGACCCCAGCCCAAUAUCUGAGCCUGUCCGCACCCAGGAUGGGAGUCCUACAGAGCAGGGCGUGGACCACAGACAGGUGCAGAGAGAGUUAGGAGAGGUAUCCAUCUACCUGCAGAAGCCUGUGGUUCUCUCUCCUACCAGUGCCAGGAUUUCUUGGACUGUUGCCCGUCAGUCUCAGUAUGUUCAGGGUUACCGUAUAUUUUAUCGGACGAUUGGCAGCUCCUGGUUGGUCCAGGAUGUCGAGGACACAUCUGACCACAGUAUCAUCCUAGUAGAUCUGCGCAGCAGUACAGAGUAUGAGGUCAAGAUACGCCCUUACUUCAAUGAGUUACAGGGACACGACAGUCUGAUGGUACUGCUGCGUACACCCGAGGAAGUUCUAAGUGCUCCUCCACAGGCUGUGUCAGUGGUGCAGCUCACUAACAGCUCCAGUAUCAGCGUGUCCUGGGAGCCUCCGCCUCAUAAUAUUCAGAGUGGCAUUAUUCGAGAGUACAGGGUCUGGUGUCUGGGCAGCGGCGUGGAGCAGGAGAACCAGAUAAACCGAACCGUGGAUGGAGCGGUUCUGUCCAUCCUCCUGACAGGCCUGCUGCCUGACAUUCACUACUCCGUCACGGUGGCUGCUGUCACAAGCCUGGGUGUGGGCGCCGAGAGCCCGUCUGUCAGCCUGCUUCUCACUCUGCCAGUGAACAAGACUUCGCCAUCUGUGAAGAAAGGCGGUAGACUCGACAUAUCAGAGCAGAUCACAAGUGUCGUCCGCCAGCCAGCCUUCAUUGCAGGACUGGGUGUGGCUGCAUGGUUGGUGCUGAUGUGCUUUAGUGGUUGGUUGUACUGUCGGCACCGCAGGAGGAAGCAGUUGGGACACUAUACUACUUCCUUUGCAUACACACCAGCAGUUGGCUUUGCUCACAGUGAAGGAUCUGGAAUCAUUAAUGGAGGGCCUGGUUUGUUGGGAUCAAACAUGGGUAACUACCCUUGGCUGGCGGACUCUUGGCCCACUCCAAACCUCACUAAUAACACCAAAGAUUCUGUCAAAUGCUGCUCUGGCAAACUGGACUCAGACAGAUAUUAUAACAUUGGUAUCAUCAACUACCCGACGCAGUCAGAGAAACACAGCACAACAUCCAAUGACAGUCCCAUCUACAGCACCAUCAACACAGCAGCUGAGGACGACCUCCUGGCAUAUUACGACACCUACUCCAUCACAUCCUAUAACCAGGGUCCAGACCCAUACAGCAGCAAUCCAGUACUGUCAAACAGUGGACUUGUGGGACUAGAGCAGGGCCUAGACCAGUGGACCCUCCAGUCUGGUCAGGCUGGGUCUGAAUAUGCCAAGCUCCAGUAUACCAAGAAAAGUAACGACAAACUGGUAAAGCAGAAGAUUACUGGGUCCUCAUCUAGGUCAGCUCCUCUCACCUGGGUGGAUGUUUUGUCUCUGCCUCUUCCUGCCAGCGAAGACAGAGGACACACAAAGACAGACAGAGGAGAGGAGCAACACAGCUCUGAGGAGGAAGAUGAUGACUGGUGUCCUCCGCUGCCUGUCAGAACCUACUUGAUGGACACUUCCAAAGAGGAACUCUCCAGCCUGCCCUCCAAACCAGAUGAGUUGUCCUACACAGCAACAUUGAUGCAUUCCCCAGGGCGAGACACACACAAGCCCAGUGACAGUUUGCAGCCGCAGGACUUUGACCUCUUGGCCCGCCACCACUCAAACUCCCAGGUCUCCCAGUCCAACCCAGAUCUGUUUAGCAACACCGGGGCCCAGGACGCCAGUGAAGUGCACCACAGCAGCCAAUGGGCAGACGAUUUCAUGGUGGAAAGCCUCGGCAAAAGACAAUCUCCUGCUCCAGCUACUGAUUUGAGCCCCACAGCCCAUGCACACAGAUCCAGGGGUAAGAAGAAAGCACCCAGGGACGGACAGCUCAAACAAGAGCUGCACAGCCAUGCAGAACUCCCCCCACCACCAGCCCCUCACCCUACGGACAACUCACUGCAUCUGUUGGCUGAUGUCUUAAGUGGCAGCCGAGCAGACAGUGAAAGAAAAGAGGGGGAUGACUCGCCUCCUCUUCAGAGGGGAGAACACCUCUCACCCCAAAGGCGAGGAACUACAAAGUGGUUAUCACAGGCAAAUGAGAAUGUAAUCCCAUAUGGACAGUCAAGCUUCCUGCCCAAGGUCCAGAUGUCAGGCUAUGGAUCCCUGGGUGGGGGAGUCUUACCGCGGCCCUCCACCCCUGAUCGGAGGAGAGAUAAGAACCUCGUGUAGACAGAAGCUGAUUACAUGACAUUCUCCUUUUCCCUCUCUGAUCUCCUGUAUUUGCAAAUCAUUCAUCUGUUGCCACAGUAUCUCAUGAAAAACAGAAGACAAAGAGAAAGUGUUAAAGCUCGGCAUCUGCCUUUGACAAACUAUUGGUAUUAUAUUUAUUAAAUUUUAAUGAUUAAUUUCUUUGAGUCCCUUCACCCCUCCUCCAUUUAUGUAUUUAUGUAUCAUUUUUUUAAAGAUCUUAUUGACUAUACAGGCAGGUGACACAUAAAAAGAAAAGCCUGAGUAAAUGAGUGGCCUCCUCCAGGAUGACACUGCCCCCAUCCAUAGGACACGAGGGGUCACUGAACGGUUUGAUGAUGAUGAAAAUGAAGUGAAUCAUACACUGUGGCCUUCACAGUCCCCAGGUCUCAACCCAGUUAAACACCUGUAGGAGAUUUUGGAACAAUCUGUUAGAUAGCUUCUCCACCACCAUCAUCAAAACACCGCAUGACGGAGUAUCUUUUGGAGGAACGAUGUUCAUCCCUCCAGUAGAGUUCAGAGACUUGGAGAGUCAGUGUCAAGGAGCACUGAAGCUGUUGUGGUGGCCCAGCACCUUACUGACACACUUUACGUUGUGGUUUCCUUUCAUUUGUCACCUGUCUGGAUAUGUAUUACCAAUAAUGGAUCUGGGGGAAAAUAUUGUAUUUUUAGGCAAUGGGAAGUAUAUAAAACUAUUACAUUAUUGUACAGCAGAUAAGUGAAUCUAUCCUCUGUUUAAUCCUGGCCAUGAAACCAUGAUAAUGUAUGUUUGGUGAAAGACUGGAAUAGACAUGGAGCAGAAAAUUUACUUCCCUAUUACAAUGGUGUGUGUGUGUGUGUGUGUGUGUGUGUGUGCGCGCGCGCGCGUGUGCGUGCGCGCAAUGUUUGUAUUUGACUCUGUUUAUCUCUCAUUUCUGUGUAAUGUGGUAUCCCUGUAGGUCACUAGUGUGUUGUCAAGAUUUUUAAACUGACCAAUAAAAUAUUUGGUAUGAAAACA